GCUAGAGCUAGCUCACCUCCGGCCGAAACAAUGGGGAUCUCACUGCUCCACACGCAGUGGCAGCUGAUCGCACAGCUGCCCCAGCAAUGGCAGCUCCUCGUCCUUCUAGCCACCCUCCUCCUCCCCGCCGUCUCCUACCUGCUGCUGAUAACGAGGGGCGACGCCGAGGGGGGACGGCUGAGGCUGCCGCCCGGCCCUGCCCGGGUGCCGGUGCUCGGCAACCUGCACCAGCUCGGCCGGCUACCGCACCGCAGCCUGCGCGACCUGGCCCGGCGGCACGGCCCCGUCAUGCUGCUUCGCUUCGGCACGGUGCCGACGCUGGUGGUCUCGUCUGCCGCUGCAGCGCGCGACGUGAUGAAGACGCACGACGCCGACUGCUGCAGCCGGUUCGUGUCUCCGGGCCCUGCGCGGCUCUCCUACGGUGACAAAAGCAUCGCCUCCUCGCCCUACGGCGCCUACUGGCAGGACAUGCGCAGGCUCUUCGCCGCCGAGCUCUUCGGCCCGCGGGGCGUUCGCGCCGUAUGGGCCGCGCGGCGGGAUCAGGUUGACAGGCUCAUGGCCGUCCUGGGCACGGCGGCAGCGACGGCGGCUCCGUUGGCGAUGGACGAGCACGUGUUCCGCGUCGCCGACGGCAUCAUCGGCACCGUGGCGUACGGGCGCAUCUACGCCUCGGAGGCGUUCGCUCGCAAGUACGAGCAGUUCCAGCACGUGCUCGAGGAGGCCAUGGACAUGUCGGCCAGCUUUUCGGCCGAAGACUUCUUCCCCAACGCCGCCGGCCGCCUCGUCGACCGGCUCACCGGCAUCAUCGCGCGGCGAGAGAGAAUCUUUAGAGACCUGGACGCCUUCUUCGAGGUGGUGCUGGAGCAGCAUCUUGACCCCGCGCGCCCCAAGCCAGAGAGCGGUGACGGCGACCUCGUAGACGCCUUCGUCAGAGCUUGGGAGGAGCACGGCUUCACGAGGGACCACACGAAGGCGAUGCUCCUGGACGCGUUCCUCGGCGGCGUCGAGGGCAGCUCUAUCACGAUCCUGUGGGCGAUGUCGGAGCUGGUUCGGAACCCGUCGGCGCUGAAGAAGGCACAAGGUGAGAUCAGGGCCGCGGUGACCGCCCGCGAUGUCUCGCCGCCGGGGCUGCCCGUCCAGCCGGACGAUCUGCCCAAACUAACCUACCUGAAGAUGGUCGUCAAAGAGACCAUCCGGCUGCACCCACCGGCGCCUCUGCUGCUGCCGCGGGAGACGAUGCGUCGCGUGGAGAUCAGCGGCUACGACGUGCCGGCGAGGACGCGCGUGCUGGUGAACGUGUGGGCCAUCGGAAGGGACCCGACAAGCUGGGGGCAAGACGCCGACGAGUUCAAGCCGGAGAGAUUCGAGACGGACGGGAGGCACGGCAAGGUGGACUUGCGCGGCGCGCACUUCGAACUGCUGCCGUUCGGCGCGGGCCGGCGGAUCUGCCCCGGGCUGGCUAUGGCGGUGGCGACUGUGGAGUUCACGCUGGCCAACAUGCUAUGCAGCUUCGACUGGAUGCUGCCGGAGGGGACGGCGGCGGAGGACAUGAGCAUGGAGGAGGCCGGCAAGCUAACCUUCCACCGCAAGACGUCGCUGGUGCUCGUGCCCACGCCUUACCGCCGCAAUUAGUAUGGAGGUCAACGACGUAUGCGGCGUUGCCCUGACGUGCUUCAAAAUGAAAAUUUUAGCAUCUUGCGCCGUAUGCUACCUCAUAUAUUGUAUAAGAAAGUUUUUCAUGUUUAUGAACUGUUGUAUUUCAACUGCUGGCUUA